AUGUCUGAAAUUCAACCCGCCCACGCCCCCGGAUCGCAAGGCCAACCCCCCCGUGGUGGUCGCCGACGAGGACGGGGCGGAGGCUUCGGAGCUGCCCGCCAAUCUGAACAAUCUGAGAGCCAACAGACUCCUUCCCACGCUGGUCCCGGAAAAGGCCAAAGAUCUAGAGGUCAUGGCUCCCGCCGAGGCGGUGGCGCCGGAGGACGCGACAAGCAGGCUCGUCCUGGGAACAAUUCUGAGCCGUCUGCGGAUGGUUCAGCUGGCGGACAGGCUUCUGAAGGCAAAGCAAAGCAAGCUGUUGCGGCGGCGACAGACGAUGCGGAUGACGGCGAAGUCUGUUUCAUCUGUGCCUCAAAAGUCGAGCACACGUCGAUCUCGCCCUGCAACCAUCGGACUUGCCAUAUCUGUGCCAUUAGGUUAAGAGCUCUGUAUAAGAACAAGGCUUGUGCACACUGUCGGACGGAAUCCAGCCAUGUCAUCUUUACGGACGACCAUGCGAAGCGCUUCGAGGAUUUCACAGACAAGGACUUCUCCCAGAAGGACGACAACCUCGGAAUCAAAUAUGAGAACAAUGACAUUUUUGAGGAUACAGUCCUGCUGCUGCGGUACAAUUGCCCGGACAGAGGCUGUGAUGUGGCUUGUUUGGGAUGGCCUGACCUGCACCGUCACGUCAAGAGCAAGCAUGGCAGAGUGAUGUGUGACCUUUGUACCCGGAACAAGAAAGUAUUCACGCAUGAACACGAACUAUUCACCAACGCCGAACUACGCAAGCAUGAGAAAAGCGGAGAUGAUGUACCCGGUGCCAUUGAUCAGAGCGGUUUCAAGGGUCACCCUGAAUGUGGUUUCUGCCGGCAGCGCUUCUAUGGCGAUGAUGAACUCUAUGCCCACUGCCGCGACCGUCAUGAACGAUGCCACAUCUGCGAUCGACGGUCUGGAGGCCGUCAACAGCAAUAUUACGUUGACUACAAUGCACUCGAGGGCCACUUCCAGAAAGACCACUUCCUCUGCUUGGAUAAGGAGUGUCUAGAGAAAAAAUUUGUUGUCUUUGAAUCCCAGAUGGAUCUGAAGGCCCAUCAACUGGAAUGUCACCCUAAUGGGCUCUCUAAGGAUGCAAGGCGUGAUGCGCGGCUCGUGGAUCUAUCAUCAUUCGACUACAGAACUCCGUAUCAGCCCCAAAACCAACGUCGGGGCGCUGGCCGGGGACGCGAUCCCAACUCGGAGCCCUUGCCGGUAUCUACCGCCCAGCCAUUGACCAGAGCCGAGAUCGCCUAUCAACGGCAGAUGGCUAUCCAAAGCGCGCAGUCGGUUUCAACCCGCAGUUUCGGCGGCCAGCUCACUCGUGAUGACACCCAACCGGUACGUGCUCCUGCUCGAUCCGCGGUCGCCGAAAUGGAAAACCUCGGCCUCGCUGCCGACUCGGGCUCCGCCUCUCCCCAAGAACAAGCACGCCGUCUACGCCAUGCGGCAGUGGUCGAGAGAGCCUCGAAUCUCCUGAGCAACGACCAGAACAAAAUCAAAGAAUUCCGAACCAGGGUGUCCAGCUACCGCACCUCCUCCAUCACCGCAACCGAACUCAUCGAUGCCUUCUUCUCUCUAUUCGAUACUUCCAGUUCCGAACUGGGUAAACUGGUUAAGGAGCUCGCCGAAAUCUACGAGGAAGACAGCAAGCGAAACGCACUGCUCAAGUCCUGGAAUGACUGGCGCGCAAUCAACGAAGACUAUCCAGCUCUCCCGGGACCCGGCGGCAUACUCCCCGGCAUGUCCCCGGAGACCGUGAACGGAAGCGGGAUGGGAGGCAAACGUGUUCUGCGCUUGAAGUCCUCAACUGCCCAAUCCUCCCGUUCGGCCGUCGGUAGAAGCGGCGCCUUGCCUUCAUCGGCAUCCUCCGCCAACCCCUUCCCUCCCCUCUCAUCCUCCUCCGCUCGCUCCACCCCUCGAUCCUCCACCCCUGCCAGAUCCACCCCUUGGGGCACUCCAGUUGCUGCCACAGCACCCCCAACAUCAUCUCUCCGCACUGCUGCCACCUCCCGUCCCACCUCCCGCCCGCCUUCCCGCCCUGUCAACACGAACGCCGAUGCCUUCCCUGCUCUCCCUGCCGCAGCAAAGCCCAACGUUCUCAUGGCCGGUCUCACCCGCGGAACCGUCCGCUGGGACGACCGUCGUGCGCCCCAAGCAAACGCCUGGUCUUCCUCGUCCCCGAACGAAGCGGAAACCUCCCCCCGAAAAAAAUCGAAGAGCGACACCAUGGCGACUCUUCUUCCUCCCCCGACGAAACGCCAGAAGACCGAGACCGCUGAGCGGGCCCGUUUGCAGCAGGAGAUCCAGAGUAUCCCGGAAAAUCUGGGCAGCAUUCGAGUGCAAUUCUUCGACCAGGCGACGGGAUCAGCCACCGGGCCGGCGGUGUCCGUCCCUGUAGCCGAUGCCAGUGUGAAAAAUCUCGAGACCCUUCUGAACACGUUACAAGGCAAUACCAUCGACAUUCUAUCCGACUUGUACCAUUCCCUCCUCAAGCCUGGUGUCAAGACAACCGAAGACACCGUCCACCUUUACUUCACCCCCCAAGCCGUUUUCCGCGUCAAAGCCGUCUCGCGAUGCUCGGCAUCCAUCGCCGGGCAUGGCGAAGCAAUCCUUGCGACCUCCUUCUCCCCCGUCAAUUCGUCCACAAUGGUCACGGGCAGCGGUGACUCCACCGCCCGCAUCUGGGAUUGCGACACUGGCACUCCCCUGCACACCCUCAAAGGACAUACCAGUUGGGUGCUGGCCGUCAGCUUCUCGCCCAACGGCGCUAUGAUCGCAACAGGUAGCAUGGAUAACACCGUGCGCGUCUGGGACGCAAAGAAGGGCCAAGCCUUGGGAGCUCCCUUGAAGGGCCACGCGAAGUGGAUCACCAAUCUCGCCUGGGAGCCUUACCACCUACAAGAGUCCGGCCGGCCGCGUUUGGCCUCCGCCUCUAAGGACUCGACGGUUCGCGUAUGGGAUGUGGUCUCGAAACGGAUCGAUUUCGUUUUGACCGGCCACAAGGGCUCGGUUAGCUGUGUCCGCUGGGGCGGCACCGGGAAGAUCUACACGGCUUCCCACGACAAGACCAUCAAGGUGUGGAAUGCCCAGGACGGCACCCUGAUCCAGACGCUAUCCGCGCACGCACACCGGGUGAACCAUCUGGCUCUAUCCACCGACUUUGCCCUCCGCACAGCAUACCACGAUCACACCGGCCAGGUGCCGCAGUCGGAAUCCGACAAGGUGGCUGCGGCCAAGAAGCGGUUUGAGCAGGCCGCCACCGUCAACAACAAGAUCGUAGAGAAGCUCGUCUCGGCGAGUGACGACUUCACCAUGUACCUGUGGGAACCCGAGAACUCCAACAAGCCGAUUGCCCGGCUCCUAGGUCACCAGAAGGAGGUCAAUCACGUCACAUUCUCGCCGGACAUGGCAUACAUCGCAUCGGCGGGAUUCGACAACCACGUCAAGCUUUGGAACGGCCGCGAUGGGAAAUUCAUCACCACCCUGCGUGGGCACGUGGGCGCCGUCUACCAAUGCUGUUUCUCCGCCGACUCACGACUCCUCGUAUCCUCAUCCAAGGACACCACCUUGAAGGUCUGGAAUGUGCGGACGGGCAAACUGUCCGAGGACCUGCCGGGCCACAAGGACGAGGUAUUUGCGGUAGACUGGAGUCCGGACGGGCAGAAGGUGGGCAGUGGCGGUAAGGAUAAGGCAGUGCGGAUAUGGAGAAACUAA